AUAACUCGCUAUUUCCUUGCGUCCAUCUGCAUUGUAUAAUAAAUUUUGUUGGUCUGCAAAGAGCACCGAAAUACCAACGACUAUAGCUCUGCUACCACAAAGUCAUUGGUGACUCCUAUACGAACCAAUUUCACCAUCUAGCUUGGAUAUUUCUUCUUUCUCAUCAUGGGCGAACCCGAGUCCGAGGCCGAGAGAAUGAUAUUUACAAAAGAUGGAGAACCCGUAAAGUUCUUCCUGCACAACACAUUAUCGCAAGGUCAGAAAGAGACGCUUUCGCGUGAUAUAGAAGGAAAUGGCGGACAAAUAUGUGACAACGUGCAGGAAGCAAACACAGUUAUAGUGCCGCAAGAGCAUUACGAAAUAGUCAAAAAGCGUUAUGCCCAUUCGAAAUCGAUCUAUGUGGAACUGCCAGACUUUGUCAGAAAAUGUUUGCGAGGGCAAAAAUACAGCCAUAAGAAGGAGGAAAAGAGGUCGCUUGGUGGAAGCAAACUCGGAACCAAAUGGACUGGACGGACGGAAUUCACAGAAGAUGACGAUUAUCACCUUGCUGUAUACCUAGCUCGUCGAAUCCCUCACGAUGAGAGCGGGGGGCGUAUGGGAGAGGGAGUAUACAAGGACCUGUGUGACGAGAUGUACGAAGAGGAUUAUCCGUGGGCCAAGCGUCAUACAGUGCAAUCUUGGCGUAACCGAUACAAGACACAGCGAGAUAAAAUUGAUGACCAGAUCAAAUUGCAUCUCGAAGUUGAACCUCCCCAUCCCGAUGGAAAAGGUGAAUAUAUACACGACGCACGAAAGAGCAGUCGAUUUUUGCGUUCUGGUCAUAGGGUUGUCAGGGCAGAAAGGCGAGGGCAGACAGAUAAUGAUGAUAGUGGGGUCGAAGAAGAGGACGACGACGAAGAGGAAGACGAUAACGACGAUAAUGAUCAGGCUCGAGGGCGUCGUCGCGGUGGGAAUAAGGUGGUUGAAGAGACUCCUUCAACUCCUGAGCAAGCUCGCAGGGAAGUACUACAUAACCCGUCGAGCCCGCUCAUGGCUGGUGUCUCGGAAAACGUACAGAAAUCUCUGGAAACUAACCGUUUUUACCAGUUUGACCAAGGUGAUGAUCUAUACAUAAAUGACGAUAUUGGAGACUUUGGCUUAAUUCCCGACUUAACUCGACCGGAUGGACCGAGUGGUACCCAGGCAACUUUAGUGCCCACGCAGACUCGUGGACAGACUGUCCCAAAAGCCAGUGUAUCAACUGGAGCCACAGCGGAACGCAGAGGAGCGGCCGGGAAUAAAGCUACAUUCGAUACGGGUGUUACGGGGCGAAUGGCUACAUCGGUGUCGAUUCCAAAGGAUACACAAGCCACUCUCGUUCCGACUCAGGGUAGCAUUCGGCCAUCUCAGCGCGAGUCGGGCUCAACACGGCGGUCGCAGUUUGCAACAGAAGGAGACGAAGAUAUUGCCGAUGUGGUCGUCGCGCAGGCCCGACGUCCGCCCAAACAGAGCGAGCAAUUGAGCGGAAAGGGAUCUAAGAAACGUGCCUCCAUGGAUCGAUCACCGGUGUAUAUGUCUGGCCCUCGAGCAUCUGUGCUUAGACCGUCAGCAAAAGCCGUCGGCAAAGCUCAACAAUCAAAGCAGCUCACUGCGAGGGAAACUUCUAAGCGUCAGGUCAAGGGAGAUGCACCUUACCGAAAUACCCGUGGUCGUUCGCGUUCUGUUGAACCGCCGAAUGUACCACGACCUCCCGUACUGGGCAAAAGAAAGGCAGAAUUACAGGUAGUUGAGGAGCAGAACGGAGAAGAUAAUGAGACAACCGAGGAACAAUCCAUGGAAAUUGUAGAGAAAGUUGUGGCUAUCAAGGAAGAAGAGGAAGAAGAGGAAUCUGGGGAUGUCGAUAAAUCGGGCUUCGCUGCAGAUAAAGAACUCAUUGAGAGGGCCAAACGGAUCAAGGUAACGAUGGACGUGACUCCACAAGCAAAGCAUACUCAGCGAUCUUCCCUCAGUGGUAAUAGAGUUGAAAAUUCUGCUUUACAGCCUUCGCAAGCUGGGGAAAGUUCUGAGGACGAAUUUCCUACUCCCGGUACUCGUGCCAAGGAUGAAUUGGAAAGGCGAAUGGAAAUUGAAAAGGGACAACCGUAUACUCCUGCACCGGGGUCGCGGGCAGAAAAGGCUAGAGCAAUCAGACGUGAAGUGGCUCCAAGGAGGGUCGAGAGAGUAGCAGCAAGGCAAACCAGACGGCGGUGA